GCCAACUGUGGAAACACUUUUACUUUGAGGUUGUUUUAUGGAGGAAAAGUAAAUCACAUGGAAAAACCUGCAUACUUGGGAGGGUCAAUCCAUAAUUUUCAUGAUGUAGAGGUUGAUGAGUUCGGUUUGAUUGAGUUGAAUGAGAAAUUACAAGAACUUGGUUGCACCAAAAAGGUAAUGACUGUGUAUUCCUAUUCACAUGAGAAUGAGUCCCUAAAGCAACUAAAUAAUGAGGCAGAGGUUUGGGGGAUUGUGAAUGGUGGAAAUGUUGGUAAGGUGGUGGAGUUUUGGAUAGAAUUAGAACCCAGUGGUGACACUGAAGAUGAUGAUGACCCUGAGGAUAGUGACUUCAGUGAGAAGGACUUAGAACACUUUUCUGGGGAUGAGGAUGACUCUGAUUUGGAAGACUUCAUUUAUAAGGAGGAUGUUGUGUUGUCUACUCAUGGAGGGUUAAACAGCAGUAGUGAAGGAGAAGAAAAUGUUACUGAAGCUUCAAUGGUGGACCCGGAUCCUAACUUGUCUGAUGAUGCUUCCAUACAUGAAUCUGACAGUGACUCUGAGAAGUGGACUACAUUCUGUGCCAAGACUGAUAUGAAAGAGCCUACCUUUAAACUGGGUUUGACAUUUGGCACCAAACAGGAAUUCAAAGAAGCUGUGGAAAAUCAUGCAUUUAAGAAUGGUAAAGAGGUGAGGUUUGUCAAAAAUGAUAAGGAACGGGUUGUUGUGGAGUGCAAGCAUAUAGGCUGCCCAUGGAAGAUGAAUCUAAGAAAGGUAAUGAACUCUCAUUCUUGGAGGAUUUUAAAGUACCAUGACACACAUGAAGGUUGCUCUUGGGUCUAUCACAACAAAAUGGUGAACUCUAGCAAGGUAGCAAAUAGGUGGUUCAAGGAGAUUGAGGGUCACUCAAAUUGGAAAACCAAAGAGUUUAGACAGAAAGUAUGUACUGAAGAACGAUUCCAUUUGAGUCUCAGGCAAGCUUAUAGAGCAAUAAGUAAGGCCAAGAGAAAACUGAGAGGUGAAGAAGAAGAUUACUUCAAGAAGAUAUGGUCAUAUGUGGCUGAAAUAAGAAGGACCAAUCCUGGGAGCACAUGUGUUGUCAAAUUGAGUGAAAAUGUAGAAGUGGAUGGACAACAAAGAUUUCAGAGGAUGUAUAUGUGUUGGGAAGCCUGCAGGGAAGGAUUUAAACAGUGUAGACCAGUGCUUGGGGUUGAUGGGACCCAUCUGAAAACAGCUACAGGGGACCAACUUUUAGUUGCAAUUGGAAUUGAUGCAAAUAAUAGCAUAUUUCCACUAGCUUAUGCUAUUGUUGAGGGUGAAAGUAGGGAAUCCUGGGCUUGGUUCUUGAACCUUGUGAAGAGGGAUGCUGAAAUCACAGAAGGAAAUGAGCAUGUUUUCACUUUAAUGUCAGACAAGCAGAAAGGGCUAAUUCAGGCUGUGAAUGAAUUGCUACCCGGUGUUGAGCAUAGAUUUUGUGUGAGGCAUCUACAUGGCAACAUGAAGGCUGCAGGUUUUACUGGGAAAGCCAUAAAAGAUUGUCUUUGGGAAUGUAGCAAGGCAUGCACUCUUAACUCUUAUAAAGCUGCCCUAUCCAAAUUCAAGGAAAUUGAUGGCCAAGCGUUUGAGUGGGUGCCAGAUAAGCACCCCAGAUAAGCAACUAAGGAGGAAAUCUGCAGUAGAUCUGAGCACAGAUGGUGUCCGAGUUGCAAGAACACAUAUUAAAUUGCAUUGUUCAAAGUGCAAGAAGGCUGGUCACAAUGCUAGGAGAUGUUCGGAUGAUCUUAACAACAAGGAAAAGCUGCUGCAACCUAGAAAAAGAAAUAGGAAACCAAAGAGCAAGCACAGUGUUGGAGUGCAUGAUAUAGAUGAGGAGCCUAGGGAUGAGGGGUUUGCUACAAAGGACACCCUAUUUGAUGACCUCAACCUUAUUGACAUUACCAUGCAGUCUGCUGAAGGAGCAAAUUUUGCAACUGAGGUUCCUAUUGUUGUGAGUAUAGAGGACACUGCUAUGUUCACUCAAGAAACACAGAUCAGUCAAGACUCAGAAGAUAGCAAAGAAGAAACCUUAGAAGGGAGCAAACAAGAAGAGAGCCCCAAAGGAGAGAGUGAAGAGGUUUCAGAAGAAGAGACUGUUGGGACAUACCAGAGGACAAAAGAAGGGGUUAGGAUAUGCUAUGGACCACCCCCUUGUCAAAAGAAGAGCAGUUCAAAUGUAGUCAAACGACCUAAAGUGAAUCCGAGACCCAAACUGAGCAUUAAAAGGGGCCCAACAUAUGGUACUAGAUCAAAAACAACUUUCAAAUCAGUCUUCUAUGGAAAUGAUGAUGACCCCAUUGAUAUACAGUAAUGGGUGGACUAAAAUGUGUAUUCAUGGUGCUACUUUGAUGAUGUAAUGUAGUACAUUUUUUGCUUUUUGGAACUGAUGCAACUUUGAUGAUGCUACUGUAUUGGUAUAGCUUCUAUGUUUUUGAGAUACUUUGGCUAUUCAUGAUCUCAGUGUGAUCAUGUAAUGUAUGGAUUAGCAUUUUGGUUUUCAAUGAUAUCAUGUAUUUGGAUGAUCUGAUGUAAUGUAUGUAUGGAUUAGCAUUUUGGUUUUCAAUGAUGUCAGGUUUAUGGAUGAUCUCAUGUAAGUUCAAACAAUGGUAGUGAUGUAUUAACAGGUUGUCAAGUUUGUCAAGUUUGUCAAGGUUGUCAGUUAGCA